AUGGCCCAAGCAGCUGCACUGCAGGCAGCACUAGCUGCUGCCACUGCGGCAGCACAAGCUGCAACAACAGCCUUGACCGAGAUCAAGCAAACCAAGGCCAGUGGCCUGGUCUCCAAGCCCAAGGAGCUGGAGCUGUCAGGGAAGCCCGAAGAAGACAGGAGGACAUGGCAGGACUGGAAGUUCGCCGCUGUCCAGUACCUGUCUGUCAGAGAUCAAAAGUUCGUGGAGAAUAUCAACCAAAUGGUUACCCGAACAGAUCCUGUAGAGAUGGAUGCUCUCUCACCUGACGAGAAAAAUCGGUCAGAAGCGCUCUAUGUGUUUUUGUCAGGCCUGGUGAAGGGUCGACUGCUGGGGAUCUUGAAGAAUCCUCGGCUGGCAGCCAACUCAAAUGGGUUUGAAGCCCUGAGGCUGAUCCAACAUGAGAUCGAGCCAGCAUCGGGGGCAGCUGCCAUUGGACUGCUGGAAACGAUCCUGUCAAUCCCUGAGCCACCACGUGGAACACCACUGCGUGAUUCCAUCCUAGCUGUUGAACGUCUCUUUGAAGAUUAUGAGGCGUCCUCCAAGGAGAAGCUGGGAGAAAAUCUGAAGAUUGCCACUCUGAGGAAGCUGUUGCCGGAAGAACUUAAGGUUCAUGCCACUUUCCUGGUGAAAGAGGGAGUCACCUAUGAACAGGUGAAGAAGGCAGUGGCUGAGUAUGAGGUGGCAGACCGAAGCUUUCAAGCGUUGAAGCCCGAAGCCAUCUACAGUGGAGGAAAAGGCAAGGGAGGCAAAGGAGACAAGCCGCAGUGCAAGCAUUGUGGGAAGUCUCACAAAGGGGAAUGUUGGGCCAAGGGCCAACAAGAUUCCAAAGGAAAGGGCAAAGGGGGCAAGGAUGCGAAAGGAAAAUCCAAGGGAGACAAUCAGAAGGGCAAGACCCAACAGUCUCCCAAGGAACCGUGUCAGAUUUGUGGAAAGGCAGGCCAUGGCGCCGCCAAGUGUUAUCAGAGAUUCAAGCAGGACAAAGGGAAAGUUCAGCAAACCAAGGACUCGGUGCCAUCGGGCACGGGUGAAGCCCCAUCUCCCAAGGGAAAUGGUGUGGCAGCAAUCGGUUUGAGGGAUGGCUCUACGUCCCCGGAAACUGAACUUGCCCGAACAAUACUGGGCAUUACCUCGGCGAAUCGGUAUGGCCAAGCAAGGUGCCUACUGGACACAGGUGCAGAUAAGCACAUCUGCCCGGAAAGCUUUGCUAGCUGGAUUCCGGCAAAAUCUAAGGCCACUGGGCCUAGGUUGAAGGAUGCUCAAGGAAAUGACAUCCCCCACGAGUCCAAAUACAGGACUGUGGGACUUUGCCUAAAGAACCAAGACGGCCGGGAGACUGUGGCCUAUGUUUCGUUUUUGGUUGGCCCAGUCCAGCAACCUAUCUUAAGUGUGGGAAGACUGGAGGAUGACUUCUCGGCCGUCCUGGACACUCGAAAGAGAGUGUUGGUGUUGGAUGGAGACAUCUUGCCUGUCGAAAGGAUCUUGCGGUCCUACCACAUCCCAGCCUGGGUUGUGGAGCCAACUGAGGACGACCAAAGGCGACAGGUGAGACAAGUGAAACGAAUCGUCCAUGACGUGGACCAAGGUUUGGUCAAAUUUAAACCUCACCUGAAAAGUGAGUUGGAAGACCAUCCAAGAAGGAAGAGUAAAGCGGAAACUGAACCUAGAGGCGAGGAUCCAGCAAAGCCUUCCAGGACCAAGAGGUCUGGAGAGCCAGUGAAGGAGGAGCUCAGGGCUUGUAAGCCUGAGACUCCUGCUGAAACGAGAGGCGUCAAGGAAGUUUCGCUCUCUGAGUCGGAGGAAUCAGAAGAGGAAGUGAGUGAGCCGCCGGUGCCACUGUCAUCGCCGGCUGGCCAGGUGAUACCCAAGGUACCAGAGGGCCCGCCACCUCCGAAGCCGGUCAAGACGUCCGCCAAGGAAGGACGCUUGGACCAGAAGUUCUUCGGAAUGGCCAGCAAGAAAAUCGAAACGGUCCUUCGCGAGGAGGAUUGGCACGCGGCAGGGAAACAAUAUCUUCGAGAAGAUGGGAUUCCACUCACUUUCCAGGACUACUUUGAGUCUAGGCUUCGUGGUGAUGACAAGGAUCACACCGUGUGUGAGUGUGGGAAGCCUCUGAAACCCUCUCAGGACUCUCUCUGGAGUCACUUGUCCCACAAGCACUGCGUCCCAGGAUGCAUGUGGAACCUUUGGAUGGCGGAGUAUGAAGCCAGAAUGAGCUCAACUCCCGGCUCUGCCAAGGGAUCAAAGGUAAGAGAGAAGCAAGAGCGAGCGAAGAAAGAGGAGGCUCAGGAGGCACGUUCUGGCGACGAGGCCAAGGGGCCCGUUGUCCUGACUGAAGGCCCUGGAGUCUCAGCCCCAAGUCGCCGGGAGCACAGCGACGACGACUCUGAUGUCCGUUCAAGGGAUCGAGGCCGGCGUAAUCGGUCACCCACUCCUCGUCGAGAGGAGCCGCCCAUGCGAAAGAAGCGGUCAGAGAUGACAGCAGAGGAAAAGUUCGCUGACAACUAUGCGUCCCGAGAGCGGAAGUGGCACAAGAAGGCUUCAAGGGCUGAGGAAAAGAAAGGUGAAAGGAAACCCAGAGGCAAAGGAAAGCACAAGGGAAAGCCGAAAGGCUCAGGUGGAAUCCUGGUUAUCCGCUGUGAAGGUUGGAUCUGUGCCAGCGGAUCAGCCAUGGAUAAGGAUCCACCGGAGGAUGAGCGCCCUCAGCCUGUUGAAGUCGCUGGUGGAGAAGAAUCUGACCUAGCAGAGGCAGAAGAGCUCGCGCCCGGAGGCGGGGCUGCCGAUCGCCCUGUGGAACUUAGACCAAACUCAAAGGUCAAGGACAUGAAGCGGCGACUGAGGGAGUUGCACGCGCCUGUUUGGGGGUCUAAGGAGAUCCUUUGGGAGCGUCUGCAACAACAUGAGGCGCAAUUGAAGAGCCGACGUGAGGUUGCUGAGCAAUUGCAACGGAGAGAAGAAGCAAUCAAUCGUGAUCCUGAGUCGGCCAGGGUGCCGAUCGAGAUUACCUCGCCAAGUCCACCGACUGACGAGGAACGUGAGGCCCAUAGCCUUACUCACCUUCCUUUUGCGCCGUGGUGUGAAAUCUGCCUGAGGUCACGAACCCGGGACAAUCCACACCGGACAAUGCCAAAGGAAGAAGAAGCGACUGCACUGGUAGGCCCAGCGUUGCCACUAGUGAGCAUGGAUUGGUUUGAAGUCAAGGGGAGUCCAACUGACGAGCGAUCAGAGGAGUCGCCGCCUGGAUUCACCCAGUGCCUGAUGGUCACUGAUGGCCAAACAGGGUACGUGGCAGCCAUACCAUGUCCGGAGAAGAAGAACCAAGCCGCAUACCUAUGCGAAAUGAUCGUGAAAUUCUUGAAGCUCAUGAGACACACUGAGUUCAGGCUAAGAGCCGACAAUGAGCCAGCUUUGGUGACGGUCGUGGAAGCGGUGAAAGGGGUCUGGCCACACUUUCUCAGGGUCGACCAAACACCGCUAUAUUCAAGCGCAUCAAAUGGAAAGGCAGAGCGCUCCAUUCAGACUGUGAGGAGACUGGCAGUCACUCUGCGCCUAGCGUUGGAACGCGACUACGGCAUUCGGCUUGAUGCGACUAUGGCAGUUUGGCCAUGGCUGUGCAGACACGCUGCGUGGAGCCACAACCGGUUCCAUGUGAAGUUGAACCACAAGACAGCCUAUGAAGAGUUGUUUCAAAGCCGAUACCGACGAGAGGUCGUGCCAUUUGGAGAAACAGUGCUGUAUAUGGAACCCAUGUCACCAAGCCGAAGGAAACGGGCUGGCCACCGACAUCAAAAGAUGGAUGCGGUGAUGGAACGGGGAAUUUGGCUCGGAAGAGCAGAAGAAAGCGACGAGCACCUCAUCGCCAGUUCGGCAGGGGUUUUCCGCUGUCGCACGAUCCGGCGCUUGCUUCCGGACCAAAGAUCUGACAAAGAGUUACUGGUCGGAAUGCAAGGAGUGCCGUGGGAUCUGACGGCAGGAGCCAUCCCCAAGAAGAAAAGGGAGAAGAUCCAAGUGAAGUUCGCCAUCCCCGCGCCCACCGUGGCGGAAAAGGAUGGAGAACUGGAAGCUCCAAUGAGUCCGCAAGAUGAUGCAGCUAGUUCUGGCUAUGCGCCAACUGAACCGGCGCCUGCUGGAGCCGAACAAGAAGAAGUCUCAGACCGAGAGGUCGAGAUACCCUCCAGUGGGGCAGGACCACUGCCAACUGUGGCUGAAGGGCAAGGCGGGGAUCGCCAAACGGCGUUGACCGCGCCACCAUCGCCCAGAAGUGGUCCAACAGUAAGGCCACAUGAGGAAGGUCCAGAGUCCCAGUCAAAACGGACUGUCCUCAGUCCGCCGCGUGGGGACAAGAGACCAGCUGAAGUUCCGGUUGAAGCAAUCGAUCCGGAGGUUCCCAAGACACAGGAAUCUCAAGGCUUUGUGCUUGCUGCGACCUUGGAGGUCCGAGCAGAGCACCUGGAUGAAGAGCCACCGGUCGCGCUACCAGAAGCCUGGGAGGCUCUGGAGGAUGACCUGUCAGGUCUCCAAAGUGCAGACCAUCCGGACAAUUGGACGGAAGAAAGGUGGUACGAAGAGAGCCACAAGGGAAAAUCUAAAGAGUUGAAAGAUCUCGAGAAUUACUCGGUUUACAAACCGGUUCUGAAGGCUGAGACAAAAGGAAAGAAGUAUAUCACCACCAGAUGGGAAGAAGUACCCAAGUUCAAGAAUGGAAGGUGGAUUGUUCGUUCACGGUUUGUGGCACGUGAGUUCCGAUGGAAGGACCCUGGCAGGGACGAUCUCUUUGGAGUUAUGUCCUCCGCCAACACGUUGAGAAUGUUGGAUGUGCUCUUGGCCAAGGGGCCAGGGUACACGGCGGUGAUUGGUGAUGUCACAUGUGCAUUCUUCCAUGCGGAAGAAGAUGAAGAGGUUUACGUCGAUCCACCGGUUGAGUGGAAGGAAAUCCAUGGAUAUGAGUGGGUUUGGAAGUUAGAACGCCAACUCUAUGGAAGGCGUCCAGCACCUAGGAAAUUUGGAGACAAGGUUGCACGUGUCAUGUGCGAGAAGCUCCAAACUGUGAGGUGCAAGGAGGUUCCCCACCUGUACUUUCAUCCCACGAAAGGAGUAGCCAUCGAGGUCCACGUCGACGAUUUCUAUGCCGUGGGACCAGGCAAUGCUCCGUGGGAGGUCAUGACCGAAUUGAAGAACCAUCUGACAAUCAACCUGGAAGGGCCUUUCAAACCGGGAGACAGUUUUGUCCAUCUGAAAAGAAAGCGAGUCAUCACAAAUGAUGGACUCUGGAUUGCUCCUGGGGAUGCCCACCUGAAAAAGCUCUUGGAGCUUACGGGGUUGCAUUGGUCAUCCACUGGUCGUGACACUCCACAGACCAAGGAUUUGAGCAGUAUCCAAGAAGCAGAACCAUUGAGCCCGGAGGAUGGGACCUUGUUCAGGUCCAUCACUGGGAUCCUGAUGUAUCUGGCCAACGAUCGGCCAGACGUCCAAUACACGGUGAAUGAGCUAGCCUGUGCAAUGGCUAAGCCAACGAGGCAAGCCCUUGAGGCUGCAAAACAUCUGGUCCGAUAUCUUCUGAAAACCAAAGAUUUCGGAAUUUUCUUCUCAAACACCUGGGAGGAUACGGAUCAGCUCACCGUGUGGACUGACAGUGACUGGGCAGGGGACAAGCAGACGAGACGUUCAAGAACUGCGGUCCACCUGUGUUGGGGUGACUGUCUACUGUACAGUUACACCAGACGACAGACUGUCGUGGCACAGUCAUCUGCUGAAGCAGAGCUGUAUGCUACUGCAAGCGGUGUCAGUGAAGGUAUCUUGUUGAGGAAAGUCCUAGCCUUUUUCGGUUACACGGUUGGACUUCAAACAAUCACCGACAGCUCAGCGAACAAUGCCGUGAGCCAUCGGCUUGGGGUAGGCAAAACACGCCACCUCGAGACCAAGGUUCUGUGGCUUCAAGACCUAGUCUAUGAUGGUCGGUUGGUGAUGAGAUGGAUCCGAGGACAACAAAAUCCAGCAGAUCUCGGAACCAAAGUGCUUCAAAAGAAAAGGAUCCAAGAGUUGUGCAAAAUGGCGGGGAUUGGACCAUUGAAUGACUCAGUUGGAGUCAGGUCAAUCACUGCUGGAAGUCACCCAGCGAAUUGGGAAGGAAUUUGCAUUGGAAAGCUUUUGGCAUUGGCGACGUUGGUCAGCCAAGUGCCAGGUAUCCGAGGCACAGAGUUUGUAGUGCCAGAUCACACAACGAGUAUUUGGACCAUGGAGUCAUUGCUCUUAGGAUUUUUGAUCCUGUUGGUGCUUGUGUGGUUCGGAAUCUGGGGGCUGUGCUACCUCUGGGGAAAGAAGCAAGCCCAAAAGAUCCAGAUGAAACCCACCCUUUUCAAGGGAAAGGAUUCAACCAGAAUUCACUUGAGGAAGGAGUGUCGUGCGCUGAAGAACUCCACGACCGUGCAAGAAUGGCCAGUGUGCCAAUUCUGUACAGAGGCCUGGUUACAACCAAAGGUUGACUAG